CCACUUAACGGAAUCAAACGCAGCUGACCCAAAACGCAGCUCCUCCCCAACUUCCGCCAUUGACACCCUCUCUCUUUCUGCAAAUUUUCAAAAGCUGUGAAAUCGGAGGCUGCAAAUUCCAAUGGAAUCCACCAUUUCAUCGCCUAUCUCCUCCACCAAGUCCUCGCCCCUGUUGCAUUCGGCUUCCCAUUCACUCGGCUCCAGAUCCCAGUCUUUUCCGUCGCUUCCGUUGGUUCAAACCCUCCGCUAUCCCAGCUUCAAAUCCAGAAGCUUCCUCGGAUUUCCGUUCCGUUCGCGCCAAAACCAGCCUAUCCGAUCUCAGAGCCCGAAUCAUCAGCCGGCUAACGACGGCUUCGUCCUCGAAGACGUUCCUCACUUGACUAAUUUUCUCCCUAAUUUGCCGUCAUAUCCAAAUCCAUUGAAACAGAGCCAAGCUUAUGCAGUUGUCAAGCAAACUUUUGUGAGCCCUGACGAUGUGGUUGCGCAGAAAGUUGUUGUCCAAAAGGAAGGUCCUAGAGGGGUGCAUUUCCGACGUGCAGGACCCCGGGAAAAGGUUUAUUUCAAGUCGGAUGAAGUUCGUGCUUGCAUAGUCACUUGUGGGGGUUUAUGCCCAGGGAUCAAUACUGUGAUUCGGGAAAUAGUAUGCGGCUUGAACUACAUGUAUGGUGUUGAAGAUAUACUUGGAAUUGAGGGAGGAUAUAGGGGAUUUUAUUCUAAAAAUACAUUGAGGUUGACACCAAAAGUUGUCAAUGAUAUCCAUAAGCGUGGUGGCACCUUUCUUCGAACUUCACGAGGUGGCCAUGAUACGAACAAGAUAGUUGAUAACAUACAGGACCGAGGAAUAAAUCAGGUAUACAUAAUUGGAGGCGAUGGCACUCAAAGAGGAGCGGAUCUUAUAUACAAGGAAGUUGAGAAACGUGGUCUUCAAGUGGCAGUUGCUGGGAUCCCUAAGACAAUUGAUAAUGAUAUUGCUGUGAUAGACAAAUCUUUUGGUUUUGAUACUGCUGUUGAAGAAGCACAGAGAGCUAUUAACGCUGCACAUGUGGAGGUUGAAAGUGUGGAAAAUGGAGUUGGAAUUGUCAAACUCAUGGGCAGAUACAGUGGUUUCAUUGCUCUACAUGCAACUUUGGCAAGUCGAGAUGUGGAUUGCUGCUUGAUUCCAGAAUCUCCUUUCUAUUUGGAAGGCCAGGGCGGGCUUUUUGAAUUUGUCGAAGAGCGGCUUAAAGAAAAUGGACAUGUGGUUAUUGUGUUAGCAGAAGGAGCAGGGCAGGAAUAUAUUGCAGGGGAGAUGAAUGCUGUUGAUGUGAAAGAUGCAUCAGGAAAUAAGCUACUCCUCGAUGUUGGUCUAUGGUUAACCCAAAAGAUUAAGGAUCAUUUUACAAAAGUCAAGAAGACGGCGAUAAAUAUGAAAUAUAUAGAUCCCACCUAUAUGAUUCGAGCUAUCCCAAGUAAUGCAUCAGACAAUAUAUACUGUACUCUUCUUGCUCAGAGUGCUGUUCAUGGAGCCAUGGCAGGAUUCAGUGGUUUCACAGUCGGGCCUGUAAACAGUAGACAUGCUUAUAUUCCAAUUGCUCGUGUGACAGAGACGCAAAACACAGUAAAGUUGACAGAUCGGAUGUGGGCUAGACUUCUUGCAUCAACGAACCAGCCUAGUUUCUUGGAAUACAGUGAGGGGCAAGGAAAAGCUGAAGAGGAUGUUGAUGUGAUAAACAACAUGAGAGCUACUUUAUAAAUUUAUGGAGCGGAGCUCGGUUCAUUCAAGUGGACAGCACAACUCAACAUUGUUUCUUGGAAUUAUGCGAACAGGUCUUACCAUUAUGAAGAGGUUUUACAUCGUCUACGGGCCUUCUUGUUCAUGCUUUUAUUUUCAAGAAAAGGUAAACCAAAUAGAAACAGAGGACAUGGAGGACGAGAAAAGAGACGAGAGAAGUGAGGAAAAGAGGAGCUGGGAGAGUAGUUAGAAUAAAAACUCAGUAAGUACAAAAAUUCGAAAGAAAUAUCUUAGGACCCUUAGGCUUUUGAAUAUGCUGCAAAUGUUUGUAUAACAAUAUCGUCAAUCCAGUUAUUCUGUUAAUAGAUACUUCUGCUAUCUUACGCAUCA